GGCCGUGCACAGUCGUUGAUCUCAACACCAGCUCCUUCCCCGAACUCCCGAACUGACCAUCGCAAGUGCUUUCCCAUCGGCUUCAUUUAAUCCCACCACCCGCGCAUAUUCCUUUUCAUCUAGGAGUGUUAUGGGAUUGCAAUCUUGGCCUCGCCCAUGUUGUCAGCAACCGUUGAAGAACAAGCCGCGACAAUGUCGAUCGAGUCACGGAAGCGACCGGCCGUGACCGACCACGACAGCCCCGACCCCAAACGCCAACGUGUUCAAUCUCCGCACGUCAUACUAUCGGUUGGGGAGGUUGGGGCCUCGCCAUGUUCUUCAGCGGCAGCGACCACAGAUGAGCUAGCGAACAAGGGUUUGCGACGCGCCGUUGCGCUCGCGCUGGAGAAGGUCGGUUUCGAGGGCGCCACGCCCGAUGCCAUGGAGAGCUUCACUGCCAUGGCGGAGACCUAUAUCACCUCCCUAGGCGACAGCGUGAGGAUGUACCAGAAUGCAGCUCGGCGGCCGCAUCCGAUCCCCGGCGACUUUGAGCUCGCUUUGGGGCGCUUCAACUUGACCACAUCGCUCCUCGACCCGCACAGGAAACCACCGAUUCCAAAGUCGAAACGUCUUCCCACAUUCGAGCCUCUGCCGGUCAACGACCGCCUCGAGAGAGAUCUUCCGAUCCUUGGUCACGAGCUCGACGGUGCGCCAGACAAAGCAGUCAAGCAAUACAUUCCCGAUUCGUUCCCCGCGUUUCCGAGUAUACACACAUACAAGUGCACCCCCGAAAGCGUCGAUGCCGUCACUGUGUCGGAUGACUGGGGUGUGUUCAGCCCCGACGCGCCGCCCCAACCCCUGGAGGGGUCACAAAUACAACCACAACAACCACAGCGGCCGCUUGCGCCGGACGAGAUUCCGCGCGGUGACCCCAAGAAGAUGAGAGAAGCGGCCGCAAAGGAGGCCAAGGCAGGAGAGGGAGCGCUUAGAAGGCUGAUGCGCGCGUCCAAGAUUGCCAAACAAAAGGAGGUCUGGUCAGCGGCACAACGGCAACCGGCCCGCCGCGACCGCUACAACCUAUGGGAGGCGGCGAUGCGCGAGCUGAUCGAGGACGACACCAAGUCCAAGGGCAAGGAAAUUGUUCCGGCGGCCAUGCACGGGGACAAGGGCCGGUUCGAGAUCGCGGAUCACAGCAUGAUCGUGAACACGGAAAAGGCUUGCCUUCGCCAGGACAUACCUCGGGCGGGUGUCAGGAAGGCGGUUGCUGCAGGGCAAGGUAUCCCUGGCAAGGGGUAAGGAAGAAACGGAGCAUGGCAAGUUGCAUUUGAUUCAUACUCAACCCAUAGCGCAUGGUGUUUUGGAGUUUGGUUGGGACAACACAUUAACAGGCAGAAGAUACCCGGGCCGUCGGACUGACGGUAAACAUAGAUAUUAUAUCGACUUGCAUUUGCAACUUCCUUGUGCGCCUUGAACAAACUGGGAUAUUUCUUGUUGCAUUGGAUGGGUCGGUU